AUGGAUUCUUUAAAAUCAAAAACCCAUCUCUUGUCGUUUGAUGUCCAGCCCUUUCCAAAGAACGAUGGAAAAUAUACUCUAUGCUGUCAAAAUAGCGUCCAGUGGUCAUCUCUAUCAUUAGCAGAUAAUACUAUACUCUAUUCUGAAGAAGAAACGGUCUAUCUCGAGAACCAACUCUUGGCUAGCUUAUAUGGCAGUCAGUUUUCCUCACCAACAUCGCUAUCAUCAGGCGCAUGUAAUGUUCAUCAAUUGCUAGAGAAGAUUAUACGAGCUAUAGCACGACCAUCCAAAGAGUUAAAGUAUCAACUUUUUUUUAUUGAGAAAUAUAUCGAUUUGAUCCUCUAUCAUUUUUGUUAA